GGCUUUCAUUUGCAGAUAGGCAGCAACAAAUUGAUUUUGGAGGGGUUAACUACAAAUCAUGACAUCAGUUGAGAGUGAAUCCUACGUCCAGAGAGACUGUGGCUUCCAGGAAAAUCGCGAUCAGUAUAUUCUAGACACCGAUCGCCGGAGUUUGAGCAAUAGCCCCGACUAUAUUUCAAGAACCUACACCUCACAAACGUUUAACCCAUCUUGUUAUACAUUAUCGGAGUAUAACUCGCCCACAAACGAAGUCUUCACUGAUAUUUCCUCUCACAUCCAUGAAGAGGAUCUCAACAUACCAGAAGAAAGCCGUCGAAAUCCUACAAAUAGUCAGCACGAUGUCAUUGUCGCUCAAAACGGCAUUACUACAUCCUCAGAGUACAAUGACUAUUUGUGGCAAGGUACCUCAUACCCAAGCCUUACCUGUGGCUCCGAUUCAAUCUAUAAUUCACAUAUUGACCCAAGUCUUUGGAAUUGUACUACCAUGAACACUGAACCAAUUGCCCCGCUCCCCCCUAUUACAGGAGCACAAAGUAUUCUCAAUGAGCACCGUUUCAAGCAGUGCUGGGAAAUUCCAUCACUGGAAGCAGAAAAUUCCGUGCAAAUAAAUGAAUACGCCGGAGUAGUCUUCCCAUCAUGUAUAGUUGGCCAAGCUAGUGUAUCGAGAACAGCUAGUGUCAAUUCAUUCCGGUCAGCCUCGUCAGAUUUUAAAACAGAGCGGGAACGCGCCACACCAUUCUUCGAUAUGAUUGAGUCUAUGACGAUUAGGUCGCAAUCCCCAGGCGAGGAAUCUUAUAGGUCUGAAUCAACUUCUGGCUCACCUCCGCCAAGCACCGCAGAGAAAUCAUCAACUCGCUCAAGAAAACGGAGGCUUCAAGAGAGGAAUGAACUGAAUCAUGGAAAUCGUCGUGGAGAUACCGGAAGGAGGAAGUUGGAUAGAUACUUUUGUACUCGAUGUAAUGCUUUCCCCAAAGGCUGGAAGCUACCCGAGGACUUGCGGAAACAUAAUCAAGGAUAUCAUACUGAAAUUGGGUUUUACUGCGCCUCUGGAGUGGAUGAGAACUGUGCCUAUUGGAGUUCUCAGGAGUCGAGAUAUGUUGACCAUCUGAAGGUAGAACAUGCUAGUUCACGCAUUUCACAGGAGAUUGUCCGGAAGUAUAACACCAUAAAUGGUAUUACGCUCGAUGGUAAUUACAUGUGCAGGAUACCAGGUUGUGAGAAGGUUUACAAAAGGGCAGAGCGAGGUCGUCGAGACAAGCAUGAAGAAAGGAAGGCCGCACACGUUUUUAACGGGCAACUUUGGAGAAGCGUGGAUCCGGCCCAUCUAUGCCUAGGCAAUUAUGUGGAAUAUAGGAAUGAUGAGACAAAAAGACAUGUUGAUAUGGGACAGUGCAACUUUGUUCAUUCUGGUCCAACCAAGGAAUCUGAGGGUGCCAGCCAGGGUAACAGUCAAUUUGAAUGAGGUGAUGGAAGCA